AUGGCCAUUGACAAUGAUACUCGGGGAUGGAUCAUGACAUGCAUCAGUGGGAUCGCCUGCGUGCUUGGUGCUACGAUCAUCUGCGUCGACAUAGUGGUCCGCCUGUUUCCACGUUGGCAUGAUUUUUCGAUCGCGGAAAGUGAUGGCUUCCUUUCAGCAUCGCUAAGUCUGAGCUUUGGUGUAAUGUUGUUCUCCUCUUUGUUCUCGAUGCUGCCGCAGUCGAAGACCUACCUCGAGGACGCAGGAUACCCACCUCGGACUGCCUCGUUCCUUCUCAUCGGCCUGUUUUUAGCGGGAGUCGUGGGUAUCCAAUUUUUGUCGCGCGUCAUUCAUCGACUAUUACCGUCGCACGUUGUGGACUGUGACCAUAAUCACGAUGAUGAGGAGAACUUAAAGAAGCAACGUGAGGAGAUGGCAGAGCAGUUACACGAUGAAGAACACACCAAUGGACUUCCCAUUCCAAGAUCAGGCGCCGCACCAGCUACGGAGGAAGAUGAAGAUACACCGCUGCUUACACGCACGGCCAGUCUCAGCCAUCUGAAGCAUAAUCAUGGAGGCAACGGGGAUAAUGAAGCCGGUCGCAAACAGUCAUUCCACACCGCGCCCAGUAGUCGAAAACCCUCCAUGAUACCUAACACAUUAACGAGGACGUUCUCCAAAUAUGUUGUUGGACAAAAGGAAAACUGUGACGAAGAAGGCCCUUGCAUGGGCUUCACAGAUCCUUGUGGGCAGGAUUGCUUCAAGGUGGUCCAUCGACGAGUUUCAGUGCUGCCAGGCCACGGCGCUUUGGCCAGACAUCAGACGUGGCAAAGUUUUAGCAAUGAUGGGCGCCCUGCGGCGCCUUCUUUAGAAGGCGUUGAAGAGAUGCCUACCGAAGAUGAAUCCGGACUGAUUCAUUCCCAUACUCACAGCGGCUCGAAAAGUGUCAGGCCGCCUGCGGGGCGCCCGCGAUCUGCCAUUCACCAUACACAUCACAUUCACCAUCAAGACCACGAACAUUCGGAACUAAGCAGCGACAGCUUGCGUCAGGUGUCGGGAGUUUCCCACUCAAUCGGACGGGAACAUCAUCAUCAUGUUCCCACCAACGCGUUCAUGUCGAUAGGGCUUCAGACGUCCUUGGCUAUUGCGCUGCACAAGGCUCCUGAGGGCUUCAUCACAUAUGCGACCAACCAUGCCAAUCCGCAGCUUGGAUUCUCCGUGUUCAUGGCGCUCUUCAUCCACAACAUCACGGAAGGCUUUGCAAUGUCUUUACCACUCUACCUGGCGUUGGACUCUCGCUUUAAAGCGAUCGCGUGGUCGGCCUUCUUUGGAGGAAUAUCGCAGCCUUUAGGAGCCGGAGUUGCAGCCUUGUGGUUCAAGCUAGCCAAGAAGAGCAGUUUUGGCGCACCUACCGAAGGCAUAUACGGUGGAAUGUUUGCAGUGACUUCGGGAGUCAUGGCUAGUGUGGCACUAUCAUUGUUCUCGGAGAGUCUACAAUUGACUCAUAACAAGGGGACUUGUAUUGCGUUCGCUUUCUUGGGCAUGGCGAUUCUGGGAUUUAGUUUUGCAUUGACAGCGAGUUGA